GAACAGAGAAGAGAAGGAAGACCGGACACGGGGAUGCGGGGGUGGGAGCUUCGUAGGAAGGGGUUAACACUCGUCGGAAGUCUGCGACGGGGGAGGGAAGAAUCACGGCGCACGCGGCCGGAGGAGGAAAGAACAAAACCUCACGCCGGUAGGGGAGGGGCUCCUGCUUCUCCUCUCGCCGAAGGGGAAAAGGCGGGCGAGCGUCCAAGAUCCGAGUGCGAGGUGCGGGGGGAAAGGGUAGGAGCCGGAAUGGAGGGGCCCGAAGCCGCCGGGAGUAAGUGGCCGAGCAGGACCUGUUCGGUGCUCUGUUGCCUUGCGGUGGUUGCCUUGCUGGCGCUCCUGAUAGCCAUCGCUUGCCUGGCGCUGCGAGAUCCAGGACAUGAAAAAGAGAAAAUGGCUAGUCUAGAAACCAGCAUUUUAGGAUUUUGGAGCCUUCUUAUUCUAGCCAUGAUGACUGGGCUGUCGUGUUGCAGUUUUUCCUGGACAGUUAUCUAUUUUGAUUCAUUUGAACCAGGAAUGUUUCCUCCUACUCCACUCUCACCUGCACGAUUUAAGCGACUGACAGGACAUUCUUUUCACAUGGGCUAUAGUAUGGCUAUAUUGAAUGGAAUCGUGGCAGCUUUCACUAUAGCCUGGUAUCUUUUAUAAUCUGCUUUUAAAUCUGUUUUUCAGAAUAUAGCCCUUGAAACCAAACCAGGUAGCCAUUUGUAUACAAUAUGAUAUUUGCUACACUUCUCUUGUUUGUUUUGUAUAAUGUUGCUGAGGGGGGAAAUAUUAAAACACAUGAACUGAUGGUAUUUGACAUGAAAAGUCGACCCAUACAUUUAAGGAACCAUUGCCACUUUCAGAUUCCACUUGACAACCUUGUCUAAGAAUGAUGUUUAAUUCUGAAGAUCUUCCUACCGUCGUUUUUUGUAUACCAUUAAAUAAAUUUAAAAUAAGUUCUUAUCUUGAUAUGUCUCAUGAAUAGGAACAAUUUAUGGAAUUUGUAAUCCAAAGUGUUUUAUUUACUGGAAUUAGAUUUUUUAUAUGUUAUUGAUUAAAGGGGGUCAUGUAUCGACCUCAAAUUGCUUUGAAAGGUAUGUUUUUUCAUUGAUCCAAUGAUUUGAAGUGAUAUUUUCCCCUGCAUGUAUUAAAUAUGCAGUAUUAACUCUUCUGCCUUCCCAGUCUUUACGCCUCAGAUUGCUCUGUAUAAGAGCAGACUCAUUUCUAGAACCCCAUGGACUAGAAAUUACUAGAAAUAAUUGUCUAGCAUGAUGUUCUUGGAUAAAUAUUGCUAAAUAUUUGCAGUAUUUGCAACUAUUCAAAAAUUAAGGUAUUACAGUUGAUCAGGCAAAAUGAAAAAGAUGGAAAUCUACAUUAUUUGUAAUAAGUAAAAAUGUACGUGUUCUUAUUAAAAUAUGUUGACACAGAACAAAUCAUGUAUUUGUUGAAAUAUGAUUCUAUAUUUCUAAAAUACUAAAAUACUAUGGAGAAAGAUCCUGUUGCACAUUAGAACAACAGGAAAACUUAAUGAGUGAUUAAGAGUAUUUUCCCUUUAUACCUUGAACUCCCCAAAAGUCUGUGCUAGAGAUACAUCGGCUAUCAGGAACAAAAUUUCAGCGGCUACAGGAACAUAUCUGUGGCUGCAGCAACUGAAAGGCUCACCUCUUACCAAUUAUUCUUCCAUCAACGGAAGCAAAGUUUGGAUCUAAAAUGUUAGCUUAAUUUCUUUCUGGUUCUUAAGCAAUGUCAUAUGAUAUUACAUUUUGAAUAUGCAGUAAAAAAAGUUUUAAAAAUCCUUUGUCUUAUACUUGUUUGUUGGUAUGUUUUUCUCUAUAAAACUGGUAAGAGACAGCAUGCAAAAACGUUUGUACUGAGAAGGCAGGAUAGUAAUUCAUUUGAUGUAUAGCAAAGCACAAUUGUAAUAUGUAUCAAGUAUUUUAAUUUUCUGGUGUCCACAAUGAGCAAAUGAUUGAAUUAUCGUAAACUGUUUUUAAUUCAAUGUUUCCUCUUACAGCUGGAGGACUAGUUGUGGGCUCAGAAAGAGAAAUGGAUGAAUAUUUUGGCCAGGUUAUUUAAUGCUUUGGAGGUUAAAUGUAGGAAUGGCAAAUGAAGCCAUUUCCUAUUUCUAUUCUUUCAAAAGCACUCUAAUGUUCUCAUCAAAAUGGUCCAAAUUGUGCUGUAGGAAUCAAACUUCAGUAGCAUAAUUUGGUAUUAGGUAAAAAUGCAAGUGCUUUCCAUCCCAGGAAUUUCCUACUUCUAUAGCUAGAAAUUAUGCUUCCAAAAUUUGACCAUUUUGCCACUUAGUCUUAGCAGUGCAAUCUUGGAAUAUAGUCAACCUACAAUUGGACUUUUAUAUUUCCUUGAUUAUUAAAUCUCUCUCUCUUUCUCUGUCUCUCUCUCAUUUUGUUUAUGCAAUAUUUUCUUCCAUUACAAAGUAUACAUAAGUUGUUUGUUUAAAUUCUUUGAUUAAAUUUCAUCACAGCUCAUUGUGAAAUUGCAUUCUCUUCUGGAUGCAUCCUUAUCCUUCUGAGGGAAAGCAAUGACUGGUCCAAAAUCACCCAGCUGGCUUUCAUGCUUAAGGCUGCGCUAGAACUCAUUCUCUUGGUUUCUAGCCUGGGCCCUUAACCCCUGCACCAAUUUGGCUCUCAGCACAACCUUGAAUCUUUCUAUGCAGUUUUGGAACAGUGGUGAGCUGCCUUGUUCAAGUACCGUCAAGCUGGUCAGAACUUGCGUAUCUCUUCUAACUUCAUAGUUCUCAUGACAGUUUUCUUCCUUGCAACACUUGCAAAUUCAGCCGGAACUUCUUAUUUGCUGGAAAGCAGUUCGGCUUCCACACAAAGCGGGGCCCGGCUUUUGUGGAAUCCAAUAUGUGUAGAGACAGUUGAAUGAUGUCAGUGGGAAUGUGGAUUACCUCCCAGAAGAUCUGUAGAUGGGUUUAUCUCUCAAGAUAGUUCUUAAGAGAAUAAUACAGCUGUUGGAGGAGAAGGAACCCUGAACACCACAUUGAAUUGCUUGUGGAAAGGUAAAUAAGUGUGAUUAAUUAUUAGAAAAACCAGGGUAAUUAGUUUUGCAGCUCUUCAUUUUCCCUAUCCAUGUUGCAUGAAGAAAAGGGAAUUGCAAUGACAGGAAUCGGGAGAGUUGAGCAAUUAUGAUGUGGAUAGAUAAUUAAUGGUAACAGAUUCCAUGAAGAAUGUUAAAGAAUAUUUUAUGCUGUUUGAAGGGCAAUUCAUACCAUCCACUUAUGAAACCCUUUCAGGGUUUUAUCUGGACACUUUGCCAGUAAUCAAGAAACAUAAAGAAAUGUACCCAAAUUUUGUGUAGUGGCCUGAGGGAAUAGAGAAGAAGAGAUGUAGGACUGUCCCUUGGAUAGAUACCAAAGAGCAAGUAUGCAAGCCUUUCAGGCUGGUCCUUCCUCAAUUAGUAGGAAGCCUAAAGAUUUUAAAGCACAUUAAUCUGCACUUCCUUAAAAAAUGUGAAAUCCAAAUAUGAGAAUUUUUUAAUACGCUUUUAUGUACGUUUCAAAUUUCUCUUUGGCCCUCAGAUGUAUGUGUGGGUUAAUAUGCUACUUGAUAUUUUCUAUGUUGCAUUAGCCAUUUGUAUCUAUGCCACUACAGAUGUGUUUUUUAUGGCUGUGAAUGUGAUAAAGAAAUGUUUGAAAUAAGCUAGAUUCAGAGCAACUCUUCCUAUUUUCUGAAUAAAUGCAGAUGAGAAAAGAAACGGCAUUUAUGUGGCCUAUGCGUAUAAAGUAGCUACUAUGGCUAUAUAGUUAAUAUCUGAAUAAAAUUUUCAUGAAUCAAUUAUUCCCAUUCCCAACAAAAUACAUGUUAGAAAUGUUUUCUAUAGAUUUAUUAUUAUUUUUACCAGGACUUUUGAUGUACUUUAUAUCUCAGUUGUUAAGCAUACAUAUCUGCUUUGAGAAAAAUCUUUUAUUUUAGUCUUUUAAAGUAUUUGUAAUUAUUUUUUUAAAAUAUUCAGAUUAUAUGCUUGCAUGAAUUCUUUUGGAUGUGUACCAAAGCAUAUACUAAAACAUAAUUACAACAUUGUAGAUAAUUGCUUUUCUAGGAAAUACAAUUGAGCUUUGUUCUGGCUUUUAUAUUACUUUAUUGACCUAGAAACAUUAAACUGAAUAAUUGUCCAUGUAGAAGCUAUUUUAUAUUUAAAUAGUGAUUCUGAGUGAAUAACUUAAUAAACAUGAUAAUACUUAAUAAACGUAUGUUACAAUAUAUUAA